UAUUAAUUGCUGUUUAUUGCCUGUUUGCCAAAGAACUUAGCAGCUAGCGUGAAAAGGGUGCGACAAACAAAUACAGUGUCUGAAGUAUACAACGAAUCUAAAUGGAUUCUUCACCGUCUCUUUCAAUGAAGGCAAAUGCUUUCUCUAUAGCCUCUCUGAUGUCCUCUAGAGAUGAUCGAGGCGAUUUUGAUCCAAAAUCGUCUCCAAAAGAAAGAGCAGACAGUGUUUCUGAAGAAGAAACUACUCAACCGCCGCCGGCAAAGAGGAUGAAGUCUUCGUCAAGCGAGGAGACCAUCGAAGACAAAGAAAGUGGGAAAGAGUUAGAAAACUCUUAUAAGGACGAACUUAGGAACAUAACCGUUGAAUUGGAAGGAAAAGAGUUAUGGGAGAGAUUUAGUGAACUUGGAACUGAAAUGAUCAUUACCAAGGCUGGAAGGCGCAUGUUUCCCACACUAAGAAUAUCUGUGAACGGUGUUAACCCUAAAGCAAAUUAUAUGGUCUUGAUGGAUAUAGUGCCAGUUGAUGACAAACGCUACAGAUACGCCUACCACCGUUCGACUUGGCUUGUGGCAGGUAAAGCUGAUCCACCAGCGCCUGUAAGACUCUACAUGCACCCAGAUUCCCCUUUUACUGGCGAGCAGUUGUUAAAACAGAUCAUAUCAUUUGAAAAAGUUAAACUGACCAACAACGAUGGCGACCGUAAUGGACAUCUCAUUCUAAAUUCCAUGCAUAAAUACCAGCCUCGAGUGCAUAUUAUUCGUAAACGUGACCACACAGCUUCUGUAAUUAAUCUCAAGUCCGAGGAGAUGAAAACCUUCACCUUUCCAGAAACGAAUUUCAUUGGGGUGACAGCGUACCAAAAUCAACUGAUCACACGAUUAAAAAUAGAUAGCAAUCCAUUUGCCAAAGGUUUCCGGGACUCAUCACGUCUUAUUCCAGUAGAAAGAGACUGUUUUCAUGAAAGUCACCCACCUACAAUGGUUACAGACCCGUUGUAUCCUUCCCUUCCCUUUCCGCUGAUACCACAGCUAGGGGUUAACAGCAGAUACCAACUUCCCAAGAUCGGCUGUAGAUCCCAUGACAAGGCGACUUUCUUCCAAACAGGGUGUCCACCGCCAUCUCCUGCUAUUCCAAGAGUACCUUUCACAGGAGUCCUUAGUCCCUUUCACCAGCAAGGUCUGCCCAACUUAUUGUCGUCUAUUUCUUCACCAAAGCCCGUGGGAACGAUGGAAGUACCUCCACUGCCACCCUACAGUGUUCACAGGGACUAUACUGGCUCAACAAUACCCUUCAUAGACCAGGACGUUAUGGCAGAGUGCUACGAUCCAAGCAAUGCACAAUCAAAUCUCUCUUCUAAGGCCACAGCAUUUUCGAUCGCGUCUUUGAUGGCUUCGGAUGAAACCGGAGCAGAUGAGGCGAAGAGGAAGAAGCCUUGCGCUAAUGAAGAGGUUCACGUGCAAGGCUCUGCAUCUUCAAAGAGGCCCAGGUCCUGCGGAGGAAUCAAUAUAGAUAGCGUCUCAGAUGCAACAACUUCUCUUAAUUCAGGAGCCGUUGGAGAUGUGGAGACUAUUACUGCUACCUUGGAGAGUCGCGAUCUAUGGGAUCGUUUCAACGAACUGGGUACAGAAAUGAUAAUAACGAAGUCCGGAAGGAGAAUGUUUCCAACCCUGAGAAUAUCGCUGAACGGUGUUAGCCUUGGGGCAAAUUAUAUGGUUUUGAUGGAUAUAGUGCCUGUCGAUGACAAACGCUACAGAUACGCCUACCACCGUUCGACUUGGCUUGUGGCGGGAAAAGCUGACCCACCAGCGCCUGUAAGACUCUACAUGCACCCAGAUUCCCCUUUUACUGGCGAGCAGUUGUUAAAACAGAUCAUAUCGUUUGAAAAAGUGAAAUUAACCAACAACACAACAGACCAGAAUGGACAUAUUGUUCUGAACUCCAUGCACAAAUAUCAACCUCGAGUACACAUUGUUAGAAAACGAGACCACACUGCUUCGGUAGUCGAUCUUCACUCCAAAGAGGCGAAAACCUUCGAUUUUCCUGAAACAAGCUUCAUUGCUGUAACAGCAUAUCAAAACCAGCUGAUUACACGUCUCAAAAUUGACAGCAACCCCUUUGCCAAGGGUUUUAGGGACUCAAUAAGGAUUUUGCCAAUGCAAAGGGAGUGCCCCCACAGAGCGGCGUACCGACAAGGUCAUAUAAACUCAUUAUCUGUCCCUGGUACUUAUCUACCGAGUCAUUUCUUACCUUCGGCUAUUCUACAAAGUCAUCAAAUGGAGCAAAAAGACGUGCAUUGCACAGGGUGCAUGGCUAGUCUCAGCGAAGAUAUGAUGGGAAUGGUCAGUCACCAAUGUUUUGCAAACCACAGUCCUGUGGCAGAUGGUCAACUCGCUGUCGCAAGUAUACCAGUUACAUCUGGUCCUUACGUUAUGGAGUCCCCCCUUAGACAUGUUUCCCCUUGCGUCUCCCCAUACUUCAGUAACGCUCCACAGUAGACACUGGUAAACACUAAGGUCACAGCCUAUCGUCGACGUCAUCUUCAUUGAAUAAAAUAAGAAAAAAAAAGCACUAAGUAAACGCAGAAACCACCGUGCACUGAGAUUUGCCGACAAAAUUGCUGCAAGAGUUCUUACCGAGUAGAUGAAGAAUGUUACGAUUUAACAUCUUACACGUGUAAGUACAUUUUAAUAAAAGAAAAA